UCUGGACUCCACUAGCCGACUCCGAGCAGCUGUUCACCCUCCGCGAUCGCACCCACCCCACCCCCUUCUGCCCCUAGCUUGUCCGAGCCGAGCUGCAGCUGGAUGAGUGGAGCGACGCGCCCUGGGUUCUGAGUCUGCCUCAAAUAGAUAGAUGUGCAUCUCUUUAUUUAGGUUUUUUGCCUCUUGACUACACUAAUGAUCCCCCUCCUCACUCUUCUGGAAUGAUGGGGAUCUUUUUGGCGUAUGUUGGAUUUGUUUUCUUUUCGAUUUUGUAUGUACAGCAAGGGCUUUCUUCUCAAGCAAAAUUUACUGAGUUUCCACGGAAUGUAUCUGCAACUGAAGGGCAGAAUGUGGAGAUGUCCUGUGCUUUCCAGAGUGGCUCAUCCUCGGUGUAUUUGGAAAUCCAGUGGUGGUUUCUGAGAGGAGCAGAUGACCUGGAGCCUGGGCCUGAGGUGGCUGGCUCAAAGGUGGAGCUGGUGCCAGACCGCGACCCAGACAGCGAGGGGACUAAGAUCAGUACAGUAAAAGUCCAAGGCAAUGACAUCUCUCACAAGCUUCAGAUUUCCAAAGUAAGGAAAAAGGAUGAAGGUUUAUAUGAGUGCAGGGUGACAGAUGCUAACUAUGGAGAGCUCCAGGAACACAAAGCCCAGGCCUACUUGAAAGUCAAUGCCAACAGUCAUGCUCGAAGGAUGCAGGCCUUUGAAGCCUCACCCAUGUGGCUGCAAGACAUGAAGCCCAGGAAGAAUAUCUCUGCAGUAGCUCCCAGCAGCAUGCACAGCUCUGCCAACCAGCGAAUUCACUCCACCUCCAGUCCUCAUGCGGUAGCCAAAUUCCCCAAACAAAGUCCACAAUCAGCAAAGAGCAAAUCGCCUGUAAAAUCUACGGAGCGGACAGCAAAGUUGACCCUAAACUCCAAGCACCAUUCUGCACCCACUGUACUCUAAUUACCUACACAUGGAGCGCCUGCUUUCGGAAGCAUAAAUGAAGAGGUUAUCACACGCUUUGUUCCUAUUACUUUCUUUAAAUCACUGGUCUUUAAUUUCAAGACAAAUAGUGUGAAAUGAUAGGACAUUUUCUAAUAACAAGAUCUAUUUUCCCCCUUCUUUUUGCUGCUUAAAGCAUCAUCUCACUGACCUGACGUCAGGGGUUGGUCUAAAAGUCAUCGGGAUAAUAAAAAUGUACUAUGGAUACCACGGGUUUCCUACUAAAAGACCAUUACCUACGGGGAACCAAGAUCUAAAUGCUAUGGAACACAAACUAUCAUCAAAAAGAAGCCCCGUUUUGGGAUGAGAAUAAAAUCAACAGCACUACAAGUCAACAAGGAGAACAUUAUUUUAAAAAAGAAAUCAUUUUCCUUUAUUUUUCUUGAUCUUUUUUCCUUCUUUUUUCUUUUCUUUUUUUUUUUUUUUUGUUGAUUUUGUUGAUCCUGUUCAAUGGUGGCAAGUGUUGAUUGUAGCCAAUCCCUGUCAAUCCUAGGAAGUUACAUAAAUACAUUUUGAGUGUUCUAUAUUUCAUUGUAUUUUAAUUCAUUUUGCAAUUCUUGUAUAUGCAAACUUAACACAUUCUGUAAAUUGUUUAUAGUAUGUGUGAUAUAACUUCACAGUAGAUGGACUAUGACCCUCAUGCAAGCUGAUUUUUAUUAUUAUAUAAAAAUAUACAUAUAAAUAUCUAUAUGUUGGGUCAUCACCAACUUUUUUUUGGUAAGGCAUUUGUUUUUCACCUAUCCUUCAUAUAUUGUAUGAAUUUCAUAAUUCACUUUUUUCAUUUCCACAGGUUAGAAAGCAACAGUUGGUCUCUGUUGCCCUCUGCUUCUCCUAGAAAAUGCAUACUGUGCAUUUUCAAAAUUGUAGCAGUCUCUGAUAAAUGAAUUAAUUUUGUGUGUGUGUUGUACUGCGAUUUCUUUAUCUAUCUAUCUAUCUAUAUUACUUUAUUGAGAUUUGAGGGUCUCUUUGUUCUGAAGAAUGUUACAGUCUGGAUUUGACAGCUAUGCCUGUGUUAUUGUUGUUGUUAUUGUCCAAAAGCAAUGUCAAUUCUAGAAAAUUUGCCUAGGAGAUGGAUGUGGGAAAAGUAAAAUGGACCAUGAUUCCCUAAAUUCAUGGACUUACACUUCUUGCUAUGGCUAAAAAAAAGGCUGCUUCCUUUGACCUUUAUAAGUUUUGUAGCUUUGUCAUUUUCUUUAUUUGCUGCUGAUUAUAUUUAAAUAUCUUAAUUAAAAAUUAAAAUGUGGUUGGAAAAUAUAGUAUACAAGAGAUGGCUUCAAAUAUUUGGCUAAAGAGGAGAAUGAGUUCUGUUUUCACUACUAAUGAGUUAUAAUUUUAAAUAUUUCAUUCUUACAGCUCAGAAUUAAAAAAAAAACAGUUUUCUACUCUUGGAAAGACUGUCAGGCAGAAUUAUUAAUGUGUCUAAUGGCUAGACACUGUGGAAUAGAUACAGGUUGAAAUAGAAAUAACCUGUUUUCCUUCUAGAAAGACUCUUAUUUUUCUUUCUUAACAAAAAUCACUGGAUCACCACUGUAGGAUCAUCAGCUCCCAGUCCUAACUGAAGCGUGAAAGCAAUGAGUCUCUCCGCUUUUCAAAGGUAAAUGCAUUGAUUUUCUACAAUUCAAUUGUAUACAAUGUGCAUAUUUUCAUAAUAUUCUUGACAUUAUCUUCUGAGGAAAAAAUGUUUCACACUAAAUCU